AUCAGUAAGUCACAGUCGCUGAGAGGAGGGCAUAACAUGGAUCCAGGCAGCUUUGAAAACAUCAGGCGGGCUGUUAAAGAACAACAUUUCAAGGAUCGUAAGGUAGAGGCACUGAAAUCGAGCCUGUCUUGUGCUUAUGGAUAUCUAUCUGGCGAACAAGUCGCUCUACUUAUUGCCGAAUUUACGUUCGAUGAUGCGAAGUCGGAUGCUCUUGAUGCUUGUGCUCCACGCAUGUACAGCAUUACAUGUUCUCAAGCUGCAUCUAUACUCCGUGCUUUCGACUUCAAAGAUCGCAGAAUGAAAGCUAUGGAAGCGAUCUCGCCCCACAUCACCGACAAUGACUUAUCAGCACUGGAAAGCGCUUUUAAAUUUCCAGAUGAAAAAAGGAGAGCGAAGGAAAUUCUUAUGAAUCGUCGGCAACCGGGAUUUCCACCUCAACCAGGGCCAUGCCCGGGUGCGGGGUUUCCGGGUGCGGGGUUUCCGGCCCCGGGUUUCCCUGGGAUGCCAACACCCCAACCUGGAGCCUACCCACCACCAGUGCCAGGAGGCUCACCUUACCCUGGAUCAGCACCUUUUGGAGGAAUGGGAAAUCCUUAUGCAUAUCCUGGUCCUGGAGUGGGUCCUCCACCGUAUCCAACUGGCACGGCCCCACCUCCUCCACCUGAUGGUGGCCUUGGUGCUGUGGUGCAUGGAGUUCUAGGAGGCCUAUUAGGACCUCGUCAUCCACCCCACGGUAAUCACCCAUACCCGCCUCCACGCUGAACCGUCAGAAUGAGUGGUUAUACUUCACUGUUCUACUUCAUGACUGAUUUAAUUAACUUUGAGUUUUACCUUCAAACUGUUCCAGAUUAAAAAAAUCGCAAGUCAAGCUAACUAGCAUAAGCAGUGUUUGUUGUCCAGCUUUAAAGCUGUUUACAGAGGAACACCAAUAGCAAGAUUGACUGAGAACUGUUCAAACGGAUACCAAAUUUUAAAAUACUUUGCUCGAUUUUUAACUAUUUCGAAUACAACGAAUGACAUCAUUAAGUGCCAUACGGUAGGUGGUUGACGAAGUAGCGGAGCGAACCUCUACUGUUGUGUUUCGAUACAUGAUAAUUGGUUUCACCUCGGGAUUUGUUUCGAACGAAUCAGUCCUUAGGGAGCAAACGUUUUUUAUUUUUAACCUUUUAGGUAGUGGUUUAUCUUGGUAUUAGUACUCCAUUUUAGAAGAACGAAAAUUAUAAUGCAGCAUAAUGGUAUUGAAUUAUUUAAAUUAAUGAAACGAAAUGAGAUCGUUUCAGCUUCCUGCUGAGUCUGCCAGAUCAUUGACGUUAAAGAUACGUCUAUUUUUUUCAGGUGAACCUGUCCACGGUAGAAAGUCAAUGACGUAAUUAAGUGAAAUAUUUCUUUUCCCUUUUUUUUUCUUCUUGUUUUAGGAACGCUUUUAAACGUCCCCGUUAGCUCUGUACCCGUGCACGUACAAAUCACCGAAUGUCGCUCAUGUUAUCAGUACAUUCCUUAAUUGUUGUCCAAAUUUUCAUCUAUGAUAAAAAUCUAGUUUUUUAAAUACGAGAAUAAAAAUGAUAUUGUAGUCAA